AAACAUUGUCUAUUCAGUUUAAAAAUCUAAGCAAAUCAGUAUCAAAUCGCAAUGAGUAAACGUGGUAGUAAAUUUAAAUAUAUCAACGAAGGAAACGUGCAUAUUGUUCUACAAAUACUUAAUACUAAUAAAGUGAUACGGCUGGUCAAAGAGGACAACCAAAAGAUUCAACUAUCCACCAUAACCAACUCUAUACAAUACGUGAACAAGAUCAUGGUACCUUUAAUAUUCGGUGACGACCAUUACCAUCAAGAAGUAACAGUGCUCUCUGAAAAUGAAAUCUUUGAAAUUUCUACAGACAUAGAGAAAUGGAGGCCAAAUCACAGAAAGGCUAAGUCAAAACUUAGCAGCUAUGCUAUUACAGUUCCAAAUUUGACAAUUUCUAGUAUCAAAGGUGAUAACUACUGCUUGGAGAUCAAACCCAAAGAAGGCUUCAUAGAUGCGCCCCUAAGAAAGUGCUGUAAAUGUCACUACUGCCUUAAACAAUAUUUAAAACUAAAUAACGGUGAAAUCACUAAUACAAGUGAAUACUGUCCACUAGAUUUAUUUUCGGGCGUUUAUAUUCGUAUGAAAUAUGCUCUGCACAACCUGCUGCAGAACCCACAAAACAAUUUAAAACUAUUUCAAAAUGGCAUCAUAGUUUUUAGUGAUAAUCUUAAAACGCAACCAGACUUUAUAAAUGACAUUUUUGGGUCACUGAAUGUGUUUCUGAACUUUAUAAUUACCGUACUACUCUGUAGGAAGUCUAAUACGAGACUUAUUGGAUCAGAUGAAAUCAACGACUAUAAAAGAGGAUUUAAUUGUAAUGAAACCAAUGAACUUGAUGAUAUUAGCUUUCUGUACAAGCUCCUAAGUGUCCAAAAAUUGGCCAAUGGAUUGGUACUAGACCUAGAAAAUAAUAAUGACCAUGUCACUGAAGUUCUUAACACUUUAGAAGAGUAUAAACUUGAUUUAUCACAACAAUGUGACAGAGAGAAAUUUGUUGAAGUUUCAAAUGCUAGAGACUUAGCUCUCAUAUCAGCUGUCGCUAAAGACUGCUCCAUCAUGUUAAGUUUUACAUUGGAACAUGAGUCUGACUUGCCACAUAUUGUGGUGAACGGAAGACAUAUUCACUUCAGACUCUCUGUUACUGAUUUAGAGCCAAAGACCAUAAAAACUCUUCAGAAUAGACAGAAUUCAGAAGAAAAAUUCAUCAAAGCGUUUGAGCAAUACAAAAACAGUAUUAAGUCAUAAACUGAUUCAGCCACAAGCGGAGACGAGAGCAAAACAACUAGAAGCAUGGGAACAUCUCAUCACAGACUAUUUUAAGGCAACCAAACAGUCCACUAUAGAUAUAAGAGAAAUACAAAAUAU